AUCAAAUCUUUAAAUUUUGAUAUGCCCAAUCCAGGCCUCAUUCCAAUCCUUAAAAGAAGACGGUGAUGGAGGAGGGCCACUGGUUUCCCGUGGAAGAACCCUAAAGAGAAAGUUUCAUUGAAAAUGAGAAGAAAAAAAUUAGGGUAAUUGAUUAAGACAGUUCAGCAAUGACAAUUGGAGAAGCGUAGCACAGUUCAUCACGCCGCAGCUUCCCCAUGACUCACCUCCCGCGCCCUAACCCUCCCCCUAUGUAGAAAUAUACAGAACACAGCGCAGCAAUGAUCUCCUUAACUUCGUUCACUCUGCUCCAAUAAACACACUUUGACUUCGCUGAUUCCCCUUUCAUGGAUGUCACCUUCCCCAAAUUUUUUCUCUCUGUACUCCCUCUGGUUUUCCUCUCUUCCUCACACAAAUCUCCCCAUCUCAUCUCGUCUUCCGCCUUCCAUCCCCUUUCACGGCGCCCGCUUUAUUAAGGGCGAUGAAGCAUCGAAAGCUCUUCCCUCCUCUGGCCCAGAAGAACCAGAGCAGUGACUGCGCAGAUCUCAGCUGUGACUCGUCCUGCCCUUAUGGCUGCUAUCCCUACCCGGUCUUUUACCUCAGCCCUCCGCCGCCGCCGCCAACGCCGAUGCCGCCGCUCUCCGACGGACACCAAUCGGGUCACGUCUCGCCUUCCGUCAUCGUUAUAGUGUCCGUGCUCGCUACCUUUUUCCUUCUCGUCGGCUACAGCGUGAUUAUCUUUAAGUUCUGCCCGGUUUGGAACAGGGCCGCGAACCAGCCUCCGGCUGCGCGCCGCGACGAGGAGGAGUUUCUCGACGAGAACCAGGGGCUGGCGGUGGUGGACCACCCCAUCUGGUACAUCGCCACCGUGGGUCUGCAGAAUUCGGUGAUCAAUUCCAUCACCGUGUGCAAGUACAAGAAGGGUGAGGGUUUGGUGGAAGAGACUCUUUGUUCUGUUUGCCUGAGCGAGUUCCGAGAAGGCGAGACCCUUCGUCUUCUUCCCAAGUGCAAUCACGCGUUUCAUCUCCCCUGUGUCGAUACUUGGCUGAGAUCGCACACCAAUUGCCCCCUCUGUCGCGCCGGCAUAGUCUCAGACGCCGGGAAUCGUUCUGCGGCUUCUAGUGACCGGAGCUUUCGCGAUCCGAGUCCGAUCGAAGAGACCCAGAUGGAUAUUUUUGAGGGAGACGGCGGAUUGGAUGAGAAUCAAGGGAGAGAUAUUGGGAUUCGCGAGAACAGGGGCGAAACAGGGGUUGAACGCGAAAUUGUGCAGGAAGGUGGUGGUUUGAGAAAUUCGAAGGAGAUUGUAAAUUCUAAAGGGAAUGGGGUUCUCAGCGUACAUGGAAAUUUGGUUACGCGGGAUGAUUUACAGCAGUUGAGAAGGUCUUUUUCCGUGGAUUACAUGGCUUCCGCAACCAUUUUUCCCUCUUUGAGCAACUCACAUUGCGAUGAAUCCGAAGGGAGUUCGAGUAAUCAGUCUGCUAAACUUCAGAAAUUCGAUGCGGAAUUACUGGGUUGUUCUUCAACUGCACAAUCUCAGCAGGAGAGCCCUGCUUCGAUUGGGAGAUCCUUCUCAUGUGGCGGCAAGUUCUUCUCAUCGCGACAUAGCCGAAGUCCAAAUUCGAUCCUUCCCCCGUGACGUUUGAGGGGCAUUUUACAGUACCGAAAAAACAGAAACAUCUCUGGCACUCGCAAAGGGAAAUUCUACUUUAGAAAAUAAAUUUUGGGGGCAUUUGCUGAACUUCCAAGUUCAUAAGGAGAAUUUGGAGUAAGGUUCUGCAUCACAAAGUGUGAAAAAGCAGCAUUCAGAUUUCUGGGAAUACCUCAAAUUAAGAAGGUAUAUGACCGUAUUUCCAUACUCGAGAAGUUGAUUCUUGUCAUAUUAUUUUCAUUUGUUUAUGUAAGAAAUUGUUUCUGCAAAGGAAAAUUGGGUCUACUUGGAUA